GGGCGACGCUCCAGACAUGGCGAUACGCUUAUACAAGACCGGCUAUACUUCAGUUGAGCAGUUUGCGCCGAUAUACAGGUGUCCAUGAAAUACCAGAUAUGGUCAUCGGACUGCUCAUAUUGACCGCGAUUCCUACAGUGACCGGCGUGUCGCAAGCCAUCUCUGGACAAAGAACCCGCGAGGAGCGUCAGAAGGAUGAAAAUCGCAUGAAGAAAUUCCAUAUCGACAUCCAUUGCGAAGCCGAUAGUGCUGGCACAAUAGGGAUACAUGGCAAGCGGCUAGUCCUCAAAGACGACCGGGUAUGGAUAGGUCCGCAUGAAGCUAGCAAUCCGUGCCCAGAAGGCUACGUGGCCGAGUGCUUCUACAUUGAAUAUCCGGACAACGAACGAGUUCCAAUACCGAUUGGCCUCGUGAGCCAGGUUCGAGACGAUCCUCCCUUGCUGAACUGGUUGUAUAUGGACAAGGAUACUAUGGAAUUGAAAUAUGGAAACAAAAGCGCAAGCAUAGAACAUCAUAUUGGACCAUGGGAUUGGACAGAGGACGAGAAAACUAUCACCUUUGAUGAGUCGAAAGCUUUCACUGCUGUUCAAGAUCCUAAAACUCGAAGAUGGCAGAUCUAUUACGACAUGGACAACGAUGGACUCAGCAGGUUCGUGCCAAAGGGAAGACGGAUGAUACUGGUCAGCUUACAGAGGACGUUAUUGUCUGGCGCCAACGUGCCAGGAGCGUGAAUGCUUGUAUUGAUGUAUACUUAUAUGUUGUAAUGACGGUAGCUUCCCAUUAUAGUUUGGGCGGGCAUGGGCGACGAUGCAAUGUGGGUACAACUGUGAGCGUGUCGGUUAAGUUUC